ACUUCUCACAGCUGUUCCAGCCCAUCACCACGCGCCGAUGUAGCGCUGGGCUCAGGCGCUCAGAUUGGAGCCAUGCGGGUGAUUCCCGGCCGCCUCCUUCACAUCUUGGAAGAGGGCACCAAGAGCCGUCGCUUUGGUGGGCCAGGUUCCUCGCGGUCCACCGACUCCCGAGGUGCUGCUUCGUCCCAUCAAGCAGAGGAGGUGGUCGCCUACGAUCUCCUACACAAAGAGCAGGGUUUUUUUGGCCUUUAGGAGCUGGUACUUCUCGCAGGUGAUGAACCCAUGUGACACCCCGCGAGAGCAGCUCAGUGCCCAGGAGCUGGGGCUCUUCUUCCCCCAGGCCGUCCCCAUUCCUGGCACACUCGAUGAGUAUGCCUUUAUGGAUUUCCUCCAUCUCUUCCUGGAGUGUUCUGAGGCUGAGGCCUUCAGCUUCUUCAAGUUGCUGGACCCCUCGAUGCUGGGCGCCCUGAAGUUUCAACAGAUCUACCUCGCCACGGUGCUGCUGUCGGCGAUGAGCUCCAAGCAACUCACGAAGUGCCUCUACUUGCACUCGCGCUGGUUGUUCAAUACCAUCACUGUGGAGCCCUCAUCAGGUCGACCUCGCCGGGUCGCUUGGCCACGGCUACAGUCACUGUUCCGGCUCCUGGGGGCCAACUGGAUCUUCAUCUCACGCACAUAUCCAAUGGCCAGCAGCUUCACCCCGCAGACACGGCUGACGCACGAGGAGUUCGUCGAGGCGCUCUUUGCGGUGCUUUCCUCGCUGGACAAGGACGGUGCCGAUGCACAGGUGAUCCGCUCCAGGUGUCCAGCGCCGGUGAAAUCCAAGACCUGUGCGGUGCUUUGAGAUUUGCAUGGACGACCGUUGGGCCAAUGUAUUUUGCCUGAGAGUGGAGACCCCCUGAGGACUGGACGAAAGGCACUACCUGCGGAGAC